AUGACAACUCGCCCACAGGAACAUAUUUGCUUUUUCUCUUUUCUCUCUCUCUUUUCUUUUUGGCGACCCCUCACGCGCCCCUGCGGUAUUUUGGAUGGGCACGGGGUACAAGUAGACCAUUACUGUGUGCAACACGCCAUAGACAAUCUCUGUCGGUGUCUCAGCGGGGACUUGCCUCAUAGAUUCUAUGCAGCGUCGGAGCUGGGUUCAGCUUGGUCGUCGUCAGAUAUCGAGCCAUGGGCAGGCUGUGCUGUACACAGAUUAGGAGCUCUCUGCCAGAAGUUGGCGAAACAGGGAGCGAAUAAAACCAAGAAACAUGUAGCACGUAUGAGCCCCAUCCCUUUGAAGCACUGGUUAGCGACUACAACGCUGUCUCCCAUGUUUGCGCAAUGGCGAGAUAGACUGCGGCUGCUAUCCGAAGUGGCUGCCCCUCUGAGCCCAGUGGCAUAUGCUCUAGGGGCAUCUCCUCAUGCAGCUGGCUCUAUCUGCUUUCCCAGAUCCAAGAAUCGGGAACCGCAUCGAGGUGUGGUCCCGUCAAAUAUGCGGCGCAUAGUCAUAAUGGUACUUCUGGCUGCCUAUGGGGCACACGUCAGGACUGUCCUCUCCGCUCAAUCAAGCACCGACUCUGAUGUACCAACGCUAGAGUGCAGCAAGCCGAAGCAGCUAUUACUCGGUGCCAGAUGUGGCUGUCGCAGUAUCCGAGUUCAGGCCCCUCUUUCUUUUCUUUUUGCUCUCCUAGUGAGGGAAUACCAGGCCGGUAACGGUAAGUCGAUGCGGAAAAGAGGCUAUUGGAUGUACAUUACCGCACGGCUGUACGAUGCAUACUUCGGGUCUGAGGCCCUGUUAAAAUGGGGUGGCGCCUACUGGCCCUUGGUUGCUCAGCCUGGACACUUGCCAGAUGUCUCUCCCGCCCGACGCGCGCUAGGGUUGACGACCAACCCAAGAAAGUCUCGAGAGGGCCGCGGGGCUGGAGGCGAAUGCAGAGCAAAUGCAUCGUCACGGAGCUGUCAAGCUAGGGCACAUGUCUGCCAUCUCGAGGGCUUCACACCAAGGGCCAUCCCGGUCGACGUCCGGUCUGUGCCUGUGUCCGGUCAGCUUUUGCUUGCUGCCCGCCUAGCGGAGGCCAACGAAGCCGUGGAGAUGGAAGAAAACUACUAG